AUGGAAUCUAUCCCAAGAGACAUCAGUGCUACUCCUUCGCAGAAGGAAGGCGCCAUCGAGGCCGAAUCUGUCCACAAGGAGGUGGAAGUUUCAGAUGCGACACAGCAUAAGAGCAAAAAGGAGAAGAGCCUCUUGUUAAAGCAGGACCUCUCAAUUGUCUUGCUGCUCUUUGGCUGCUACUGGUUUGCCUACCUCGACCGCGGUGCUCUCGGAAAUGCUCGAAUCAUGGGAUUUCAGUCCGACCUUCACUUGUCCGGCAGCCAGUUCUAUAACUGCUUGAUGAUGUUUUUUGUUGGAUAUCUGGUGUUCGAGCUCCCCGCGGCACUAGCGCUACGUCUCUUUCCUCCAAAUUGGGUCUAUGGUGUUGCAGUCAUCAUGUUCGGUGUCCUUGCGACCUCCAUGACAGCCGUCAGAACCUACGCACCCAUCAUGGUCAUUCGACUUCUCCUUGGGCUUUCUGAAGCCACCAUACAGACUGGUUUCCUCUUUCUCACUCUGUGGUAUCGACGAGAGGAGGUCACAACCCGCGCCGCCUUUUACUUUCUCGCGACACCUGUGGCCGGAGCCACCAGCGGACUGAUUGCGUACGGAGUGCAACGAAAUCUGGACAACAAGCUCGGAAGAACUUCAUGGGAAUGGUUUUUUUUGAUCGAGGGUGUCCUCACCAUCGCUUGGGGAAUCCUUGUCCUCUCAUUCUUGCCCAAACUUCCAGAGACGGUGGCACACAAAGGCAGCAUUCUCUUCCGAGAUCCGCAAGAACGACAACUCAUCCUCGACCGAACGAUUGCUGCUCGUAACACGCCGGAUGCCAAACCGCGCAUGUUCCAAGCGUGGUGGGCGCUGAAAGAUCCGAAGACCUGGCUCUUUGCGCUGGCCCUUGCCGCUGCGUCUCUCGAUGUCGCUGCCUUUGGAUCUUUCCUACCCACAUUUAUCCGUCAAUUCGGUUUCUCUCCAUUGGACACCCAGCUGUAUAGCAUCAUUCCUUAUGCCUUUGCCACGGUCACGGUGCCGACCGUCUCUAUUUUGGCUGAUCGCAGAAACAAGAGAGCUAUACCCUUCCUGAUCUGCAUGAGCACAACACUGAUUGGAUUCGUUGUUGUAUUGGCCACCACCAACAAGGUCGCCCUCGUCGUCGGCUGUUCUUUGAUUGCUGCAGGAUGUUAUCCGGCCAUUGUAGUCUGCGCCACCUGGGCUUUGAACAGCCACGGCGGCUACACCAAGAAAAGCACCGCUUGGGCAGUCGCCCAGGUAUUUACGCAAUGCUACAGCAUCAUCGCGACCCAAAUCUACGACAACCCACCACGCUACUUCAAAGGUCAUGGCAUUUUACUGGGCCUUAACUUUCUGGGUGUCAUUGCAGCUGUGGUCGCCUAUCUCAUGAUGAAGAGGGAGAAUAGGAGGCGAGAUCUACUCGCUCAAGACUUUCUCGCACGGGGCGAGCAUAAUCCUGAUUCCGACAAGGCUUACGAAGAGCUAUGCGAUUAUCAUCCCGAUUUUCGAUAUCCUUUGUAG